CAUCGACCGUCAUUUAUUUCUUACCUUCCCCAUUUAAAAAAUUUCAAACUUCACGUAUAAACCGAGUGGGUCCGGGCGCGCAGGUAAGUGGCGUUCUAAUAUUGUUUACGGAAAUUACGGAGAAAGCGGGAUGUAAAAUAAAUAUUUUGCCUGGUGACGGCAAAAUAUUUUCCAGACGUCAGAAACGUAAACACGAUCGGUAACCGCAGCAAAACGGAAGGUGGAUGUCGAAAGGGCGACACAACGGAAAGAACUAAUCCGGACGGACGAAAGCCACUUAACGCAGUCAAGGUCUCUCCGUCCCCAUCCGACGCGUCGGCCACGUCACCGGCCGCAGCCAAUGGGAAGAGCGGCCGAAAUGUUUUUUCGGGUUCGGUCGGUGCGCCGAUGGAGAGGAGAUUCGAGCGGUAAACAUGGACGGGUGUUCGGACGACGGAGAGGGAGCCGAGGAGAAAAGAGCGUGUUGCCGCCCUUCCAAUUUCGCCAGGAGGCACUGGGUGACCCUUCUGGUCGUUUCUCUGCUGGCUCUGGUGGCGCUGGUGGCCGCCGCGGUUUUCGGUUUCGUGGUCUUCCCCUUUUUGUCGGCCAAAGCGCCCAGAGGUUUCCGUUUGCCCCCCACUCUGGUGCCCGAAAACUACGUGCUGGAAAUACGUCCGUACUUGGCUCCGCACAAUUUGACUUUCCGGGGCAGCGCGCUGGUCACCGUAACCUGCGCGCUUCCCACUAAAAACGUAACCGUCCAUUCUAACAACUUGACCGUUGACGAAACUCGAGUGACGGACUCGAACGAUAAUUCCACGCUGACGGUGGAAUGGAUGGAGGAAGACGAGGAAAAUCAGUUCCUGAUUCUUCACCUGGAUCGAAGUCUUCGAGUGGGUAACGUCUACAGAAUUUUCUUUCGUUUCUCGGGUGUCCUCAACGAUUCCAAAGUCGGAUUCUACUGGUCGUCUUACCAGGAAGACGGUGCCACCGAGUAUUUAGCGGUUACUCAUUUCGAACCCGUAGACGCGCGAAGAUGUUUUCCUUGUUUCGACGAACCUGCCCUGAAAGCUACUUUCGACGUAACCAUCGUCAGGUGGAGAAACAUGACGUCGCUGUCCAACAUGCCGAAACUUAAAUCGGAAGACAGAGACGAAGAUUGGGUGGCCGACGUUUAUCAAACGUCGGUAAAAAUGUCGACUUAUUUGGUGGCCAUAUUCGUGGGAAAUUUUUACAGAAACGGGGACGAUAAAUUUGCCAUCUGGACCACCAGAAACAAUCUAAAUAGGACGCAGUUUGCUUUCGAGUUGACGCCGAAAUUUAUUAAAUUCUUCGAAAAUAUUCUGCAAGUGCCUUACUCUCUUCCUAAAUUAGAUAUGAUUUCCGUGCCGGAACACAAAAGCAGCGCCAUGGAGAAUUGGGGCCUGAUCGUUUAUCACGACGCCAAUCUUCUUUACGAUCCCGAGAUUAACACCGAUUCCGAAAAGCAGUUUACUUCUCGGAUUAUCGCUCACGAAAUUAGUCACCAAUGGUUCGGAAAUCUAGUGACACCCAAAUGGUGGCAAGACAUUUGGUUAAGCGAAGGUCUGGCCACCUACUUGGAGAGUAUCGCCGUCGACGCCGUUCUACCCGGGUGGAAUAUGGUGGACGGAUUGGUUCGAAGCGUGGAAAACAUCGUGGCUUACGAUUGCUCCGAUCAUUCCAUCGCGGUUUCUCAAAAGGUCGAUCGGACGCCGAAACUCUUUCGACUCUUUAACUCUUUCACUUACAAAAAGGGUGGCAUGAUCGCCAGAAUGGUCCAUCACGUCCUGGGAAACGAAACCUUUUGGAGAGGUUUGUCGAGUUAUUUGAAGGAGAAGUCUUUCGACAGCGUGGAAGAAAACGAUCUCUGGAGACACUUUACUCAAGCUCAACCGAAAGAGAGAGCCAUCCACAUCGGGCGCAUUAUGGAAUCUUGGACUCACAAUCGCGGAUAUCCGGUGGUGACCGCGGUCAGGGACUACGACAACGGAAGGGCACUCCUCACUCAAACCUCUUGUUUGACCAAACACGUCAAGGAUAAGAACUUCCUCAGCGUGUGGAAGAUUCCCCUGACCUACACGGACGGAAGAAAUCCGGAUUGGACUCCUAAAGUUAGGAAAUGGUUGGGCACCAUCAAAGGAACGUUAUUUAAUCUGCCCGGGAGCGAACAUUGGAUUUUAAUCAAUAUUCGACAAGUGGGUUAUUAUCACGUAAAUUACGACCUGCAAAACUGGAAACUGUUGAGUGCGCAACUUCAGAAGGAUCAUCGGGUUAUUCCCGUCGUCAAUCGCAGGCAACUACUAAGGGACGUAAGCUAUUUCGUGCGCGACGAGCUGUUAAAUUACGACACGCUUUUGGAAAUGUCCCUUUUCCUAAGGAAAGAAGAAGAUCACAAAGUGCUGGAAGCUCUUUUCUACUUACCUCUGUCCGACGUGCACGAGAUGGUGCGACAUAACAAAUUGUUUAACGCCUGGAAGAAUUACGUGCAUUUCAUCUUGGGUUCCGUUUACGAGUAUUUGGGUUGGGAAGAAAGAAAGGACGACAGUUACGAAAUUAAAUUCUUGAGGAGAGAACUGAUUUAUAGAACUUGCAGUUACGAGUAUCUUCCCUGUUUGGAAAGGGCGGCCGAGAAGUACAGAUCUUGGAUGGCGAAAGAAGAGCACUUUAAUAAGUACAAUAGCUCGAUAUUUCGCAUUANAAGCAUAUUUAACUUUAUAAAGCGAAUUAAUACCAGACAAAGCCCGGUUUGUUCCGCGGGGGAAAUAGUGACGAAGACUGGGAUUUGUAAGGGGUGA